AUGAUUGAAUAUAAAGCACCGCGUGCGUUUCAUGUGAUGACAAAACCGAUUGGGGCAAUCUGUAAUUUGGAUUGUGAGUAUUGCUUCUAUCUAGAUAAAGAGAACCUUUAUCCCAAUACACGGUCAUUUCGGAUGACCGACGAGGUUUUGGAAAAUUAUGUACGUCAAUAUAUCGAAUCGCAGCAGGUCAAUGAGAUAACCUUCGCUUGGCAGGGGGGCGAACCAACGCUGAUGGGGGUUGACUUUUUCCGGCGCGCUGUCGAAUAUCAGGAGAAAUAUCGACGGGUCGGGACGCGCAUCCAAAAUACAUUCCAGACCAAUGCGACACUCCUGAAUGACGAGUGGUGCACGUUCUUCAAGCAGAACAACUUCCUAAUCGGUAUUAGCAUAGAUGGUCCCCCUGAAUUGCACGAUAAAUACCGCUACGAUAAACGAGGCAAACCCUCCUCCGAUGAUGUCCUUCGGGGAUUGCGGUUCCUACAGAAGCAUCAGGUGGAUUACAAUAUUCUCUGUGUCGUAAACAGCCACAACGCAGAUUAUCCGCUUGAGGUGUACCGCUACUUCAAAGAACUUGGCACUCAAUUUAUGCAGUUUAUCCCUGCUGUCGAGCACGUGGAUGAGAAAGGUGUGACUGACCGCACGGUCGGUGCAGCUCAGUACGGUAAAUUCCUCUGCGCUAUCUUCGAUGAGUGGGUUGUCAACGAUAUUGGGAAGAUCUUUGUCCAGAUCUUCGAUGUCGCGUUAGAAGCCUGGUUGGGCUAUCAACCGAGUCUGUGUAUUUUCAACGAGACCUGCGGAAACGCAAUGGCGAUCGAACAUAACGGCGACCUCUACUCCUGCGAUCACUACGUUGAUCCAGAAUACUUCCUCGGAAAUGUCAUGGACUCGCCGAUGGAAGCAUUGGUCGAAUCGACAUUCCAGCAGAAGUUCGGAACCGACAAGCGGGACACCCUGCCUCAGUAUUGCCUAGACUGCGAGGUCCGUUUCGUCUGUAACGGAGGAUGUCCAAAGAACCGCUUUAUCAAGACACCGAGCGGCGAAGAUGGUCUGAACUAUCUCUGUGCGGGCUAUAAGCAGUUCUUCAACCAUAUCGACCGACCGAUGAAAAUGAUGGCUGAGGCCCUACAGGCUGGUCGUCCCGCCGACAGCAUUAUGCCACUGCUGCGUCCCAAGCCGGUAGCAAGCACGCAGAAAGUUGGGCGUAAUUCGCCCUGUCCCUGUGGUAGUGGCAAGAAGUAUAAGCAGUGUUGUUUGAAAUAG